GAGGCCGCCGGGGGAGAUGAUAUCAGGCGCGCCGGGCAGCAGGACCGGGAGAAGCCGGAGGUGAGCGGAGGUGUGCUGUGAGUGCUGUCAGGGAGCCAGGCCGCCUCCGCCUCCUUCUCCAUUUAUCUCUGCUCCGCUGCGGCAGGCUGAGAGCAUGUCAUUCCCUGUGGAUAUAUUGAACAGUUACAGUCAUGAGGAAUUGGAGAACUCAGCAGAGAUCUGCCUCUUUCAGCUUCGGUGGGGGGAUCCAUACUGUCCUGAGUUCUUUUCUCUGCCAGACCAUCGCAAGGUUCCUAUUAGCUUGUCAUCUGUGGGCUUAGUUCCUCUUUAUGGUGAAGAGCAGACACACAAAGUUCUUGCGCUGUUUGCACCAUGGGACUCGCUCACAGCUGUAGCCCUGUAUCUUGCUGACCAGUGGUGGUCAAUUGAUGACAUUGUGAGAACAUCUGUCCCUGCUAGACAGGGGCUUCAUCAGGUGAAUUCUGUUGGAGAGAGAAUUGUUCUCUAUGUUCUGAAUAGAAUUAUCUAUCGAACGCAAGAAAUGGAAAGAAAUGAGAUCCCAUUUCUCUGCCAUGGUAGCAACCACUAUGCUAAAAUCAUGUGGAAAAAAGGAGAGGCUAUUGGGUUCUAUUCCGUUAAACCUACAGGAAGUUUUUCUAGCUCUCUUCUUAAUCAGAAGUAUAAGUUGCCAGUGCUAGACACAAUAUUUGUUAGAAAGAAGCAUCGUGGGAAAGACUUUGGUCUAAUCAUGUUGGAAGACUUUGUGAAUUCCUUUACUGAGGAGUCUCUUGGCCUACGAUAUCCACUGUCGUCCUUCCUGUACACAGCAUGUAAGCAGUACCUUGAGAAGUACCCUGGGAAUAAAAACCUUUUGUGGCAAGUGGAGGGAGGAGGAGAUUGGUUCCAGAGAAAGUCUAUUAUGUCUAUAGUGCAAAAGGAAAAUCUCAUCAUUUCAGCAGAGACCUCAAAGAAGGAAAAUAAGAAUUUGCAAGCAGAAGAUAAUUUUCAUCAGUCUGCAGUAUCUGAAGAAAGUGGACCAAGGACUGAGGUAGAAACACAACUAAGUGUUGACUCUCAAAAAGGUAAAGAAUCAACAGAUGUCCGUGCAAGCACAUCUGAAGACCCUAAUGUAACUCCUGUUUCCAUCCUGACACGAAGCAGUCAUUUAAAACGUCAGAGGCUAAAUAAAAAUAGACAGGCACCUGGAAUUGAAACUUCUCAACGAGAGGAGGAAAAUGCUCAAGGGUCCAAAAGCAGGCCGGAACUUCUUGCCCACACAUCUGAAAGCUCUGAAGACUUAGCAGAAGUGCCUAAGGUGGAUACUGUUGAGAAGGAUGAGGAAAUAAUUGUUGAAAAUGAGGGGCAGCCUGUACUAGAAUCUGAAACGCAUGUAUCACCUUCUGAGAAACAAAGUGAGAUGGAGGAUAUGCCAUCAGAACCUCUUAAUGGUGAGGUAGCAGAAGAAACUGGUAACACCUCACUCACGGCUGAAGGGGAAACAGUAAAUGAAGUUCCAAGUGGUGAAUCAAAAUUGCAGUCUGAGAAUCAAGGGAAAGAAUCCUUAACGCUUUUUGUUCCAUUAACCCUUGAUGCUCCAGCAAAACCUCCAGAAGACACUCAAUCAGAAAAGGUUUUAAAUGAAAAUGAUUCAGAAAUGCUGACUGAGGAAAUUACAUCUGUAGAGAAGGAAGGCCCUGAAGAACAGCAAGAAUCUGAAAAGGCCAGCACUGAAACCACAACUGCUUCAGCAUCAAAGGAAGAGCCUUCUGACAAUGGCCUGCCCAACUCUGUGGUAACUGAAGCAACAGAAGAAUCUGUUUCUGAAAUUUUACCUUCCUCAUUAGAAGAUCAAAAUGAGGAGGCAGGGCACAACUCACAGGAGGCUCCUGCUGCCUUGAGUCAGAGCUCUUUGGUAGCAGCUGAACUUGAGGGUGUUCCUUUUCAGCAGCCUUCUGGACAGGAAGCACAGAAGAACCAGUUGGAAGAGCCCUCAGAAGAGUCUGCAGAGCAGACAGAUCACUACAUGCAGACAGUGGCAGAGCGGGCUGCUGACAGCAGCUCUGAGGAAGCAGAAAUUGAGGUACCCAUUGUAGAUCGGAGAAACUUGCGAAGAAAGGCUAAAGGCUACAAAGGUCCACCCAAGAAAAAAGGAAAGCCUGCUUAAAAAUCAAGUAGUGAUAAAUGAUCUAUUUAUAACAAGGCUAUUUUGUGUAAAACAUUUGGAUUUAACUGCACUGUAUCUGGCACAGGACACACCUGUUUAAAAUUCUGGGUUGUAUUUCCUCUUGGGUUCAUCACCUUUCCUUAAGUUUUGGUUUGUUUGCUUGUUAAAUUUAACCACUAGAAAUUUAACUUCUUCAUAGAAAGUAAAUAGUCAGUCUCCUCCCUUCAUAAAGGAUACAUGUUGAAUAAAUAUAGUUGUGCUAUCAAAGAGAAUGGUUUGUAUAUUUGAGAUUGGUGGUCAUGGAAGAAAAAUGCAGUGUGAAAUGCUGGCUCUGUCAAGGUCCCUCAAAUUGCUAUAGACUUCCAUGUCACUGGACAUCCCUUGAGAUAUUUUUUUUUUUAAUAACUUUGUGUUCUCUACUGUGGAGAAAAGCAGAACAAGAAAAAUCUCUCAUUGUUUCAUGUUCCUUUCCCACAGGCUUAAGAGAUUAAAAGAAUGUAAGAUUCUUCAUUCUAGGUCUGAAAAUGUACUAGAAGGUGUAGCUCAGUAGCUCAAUGCAAUGUGAGCAGCACUUCUUUCAUGAGAAUCACUUGAAACAGCUGAGUCAGUAGAAUGCCAUGCAGUGUCUGCUACAGCACUUCCAGGUAUUGGAUUUCUUGAGCAAAGAUUAAGAGAUGCCUACUCAGUAAACUAUUUGUAGCUUCCAAAUCAGGCAUUUUGGUAAGCCCAAGUUUUUCCAGAGUGUGUGGAAUGAAGCCUCUGUAUGGAAUCAUUUAAACUGCCUUCCUAACUACUUGCAUGUGUUGAGUGGAUAGCUUAUUACUUGUUGCAUUACAGGAAAAGGAUAUGACUACUUUUGAUCUUGUUUUGGUCUGAAUGAAAGUGGUUCUUUGUUCUUUGACUGGUGCUGUGGGUAACUAUUAAAAGGUUGUGUCUUCCAGGUGUGACUCCUGUGAGCACUGACAUUUCAGGUGGUUGUGAUAUUCAUUAGUGUGAGUAUUAGUGGGUACUUCAGCAAAUGCUUGUUUGCCAAACUACUAUGCCUUUAGGAGUCAGUGGGUCACACCUUGCAAAGAGUACUGAUUCCUACUUUUGUUUUCUAACUUGAGUGUAAUUCCUGGGUUGGUAUCUUCCCUGUUGAUGACUUUUCUUAAAAGCAGCAACCAAACUUUGCUGUAUGCAGACAGGAAUAAUAAACCCAGACUUUUCAUGCUUGUUUCCCUUCUGAGGUUCUCUUGGUAACCCAUAUAUUUCACUUGUCACACAUACUGAAAUUAGCCUUAGUUUACUAUGUGCUUCUUUCCAAUAAAAGCAGCUCUUUUUGUAAUGGGCUACAAACUCAGAAAUAAAAGAGCAAUGAUGCUGAGGACAGGAAUUUGCACCAGUUUUUGUCCUGCAUAUGCUUUUCCCAAGAUGUGUGAACUAGUCCUUCAUAGUGUCUCAAAAACAGAGGUACAAGGUUCACUUGAGUAGCUGCAAUGCUGUCUUAACUUUUAUCCCUCUGUGGAAAUAAUGUAAGAAUCUGGGUUUUGGAUUUUUAUGCUUAUACAAUCUAACUCUAUUUAUAAGAUAUUUUAACUAUGUAAGAUACAUUCAUACUAUUUUUUUCAGGUGAUGAAGUACCAUGCUUCUUUUUUAUCUGUUAUGCAGAACUUACAGAAAAAAAAAAGGCAGUUUAAAAAAAAAUGUAUGUUACCUGAACUUCAGAUUCAGGGGGUAUGAGAUUACUGAGUCAAAUCUGGGUUUCUUGAACUAUUGCAUGUAGCUAUAGUACCUUAUCAGUGUACAUACAGAUACUCAUGAACCCCAUGACUGACAAAUAUUCAAGAUCUUUCCUGAUUGUGUGUAAACAUAUUCAAGUGAAUUUUAAGCAUUUUUAAAACUCAAAAAGCUUUUUAUAUAAAGCCUACAAGACAAACCUUUUGUUGUUUUGUGUAUGGCUUCUCUUUUACUGCUGAGAUUAAUUGUUUUUUUAAAAAAAGAAGUGGCUAGAAAACACAUUGAUUGCUUUGCUAAGAACUGGGGAUUUUUGAGGACAUGUGGCGUGAAAUGGAGUAGUUGUAUACAGCAUACUGCAACUCAUCUUCCAUUUUUAGGACAAGCUUUACUGACAAUUAAUCUUCUGAGACCCUCAACUGAUACAAAUGUAUCAAUUUUGAAGACGUUAAGGAUUCUUUCACUUAUGAGCCCAGUAAUUUCAAUUACUUCUAGGUGGAUUUUUGAUAGGUAUGUUUGUCACUCAUAUUCCUAGUGAGGUUGGAAAACUGUUCAUGAGAAGAUAGUUUCACUCACCUGGCUUUUACUUUUCAUGGCUAAGUUGGAAUAAUUUCAAUUACUAUUUUUCUUUUGGGACAUUUGCAGAGUAAAUACAUAAAUAUUAUGAGAUUAUGAUAUUAGGACAGUUUUGGUUUCUACUGAGAACAGUAAAAUUUCUGAUCUCAUUUCAGUGAGUAAGUUUUAAAUACUGAACAUAAAUUCACAUGUUAAAAGUAUACCCUCUAUAAAUCUGGGGUACCUGAGAUAAUAGCUGUUGAACAGACUUUCGCAAACAGAAUGUGAGCAGUUGUGGUGCAAUUAGCAAUUCCAAUAACCAGUGCAGUCUUAAAAAAUGGACACUGUCCUAACAGUGAUCAGCAGUACUUUGAACCAAAGGACACAUUUUAUUUCUACAACUUCUUUGGCAUCAGUCUUUCUCCAGUAAAUGCAAGGUAGCAAAAUCAAAAUACUGACUUUAAGUAAUAGGUUUUAUUGCUGUACUGAUUGUCCCACAGGAGCAGUAGUUCAAUACCUUACUAGUUCUGACAUUUAUGUAAGGGAACAUGUUUGACAACUAUUUUGACUGGAAUGUUUUACCUUGGGGACUAUCAACUGUCUUAUUAACAUCAAACUCUUAAACAAUUUUAAAGAUCCUAUUGCACCAGCAACAAAUGAUUAAAACAUCAACUUUAUACAAAUUUGUACCAAAUGUUAUUACAACAUGCUGUGGAACUAUGUGUGUGCAGUGAAAGCAGGCAGUAUUAUUUUUGAGCUUUAUUUAGUCUAGGAAUAGAGUUUAAAAAACAUUAAUUUGUGACUUCAGCCUUGCACUUAAAUGGUAAAUGGUUCUGUACUUGAAUCUAGUAUUUGUUCAAAUGUCUGUCUUGUACUGCUUCUCCCAUAUUCUCUCUUGGUCAAUUUUAAUUUAAUGCAGAAUUCUUGUUUGCUGUUCUUCUGUUUCAUAGUCCUUCGCAUGAAAAUGUAUACAUCUUAUUUCAAAAUCACUUUAACUUAUUUCAGAUUAUGUUGGACCUUGCUGCUUUUUUGUACCAUUUCAUUUGUAAAUGUCGGGAAUCAAAUUGAUCAUUUACAAUGUCAUUGACGCUAUUUGCAACAAAUUGGCCUAAGUGUCAGUUUCCUUAUUCUAAGUGACUGUUCUAAAAUAUUACUAUGGGGAUACACUUUAAAUUUAUUUCCACAAAUGUGUUAGAUGUUUUCUAAAUAGUGAUACCUGUUUAUAAAUCUUAUGAAAAAUGUAUUGCUAUUGCAUAGUAUUGUACCUUAGUCUUGUUACUGUGUUAAUUUUUCCUUUUUUUUCAGUACUGUCUUGGCUGCUUUUGAAAUGUUUUGAAGUAGUAAUAAACGUUUAUUUUGUAA